UCUACGUAAAAAGCAUCCAUUCCGUACUGACGAAACGAUCGCCUAAGUCAACGAUCACGGAAACAGCAGUUGACAAAACCUUCUGUGUGAUAUUAUACGGUAGCCGAAAGGUUUUCGUUGAUUGUAUUUGAGGGAAGAUUUUAUGUGUUCUCGUUCGAAAGUUAGUGAUAAUCAGUCAUUGUGUUAAUAGAUCUUGUUUCAGUAAAAAAGCCAAGCGUCAGUUCACAAUGAGCUUCCUAUUUUUUACAUUAUCCGACUGUAAAUUCAACGUUUCUGGAUUUCUUAAGUGGAAGCCGGUCAUCGAAAACCUUUAAGCCAAAGAAGAAUAUUCCUGAAGGAACUCAUCAAUAUGACUUGAUGAAACAUGCAGCGGCUACUCUUGGUUCUGGAAAUCUAAGAUUAGCAGUUAUGCUUCCAGAGGGAGAAGAUUUAAACGAAUGGGUUGCUGUUAAUACUGUUGAUUUUUUUAAUCAAAUCAACAUGUUAUAUGGCACUAUCACAGAAUUUUGUACAGAGGAAAGUUGUCCUAUAAUGUCAGCAGGUCCAAAGUAUGAAUAUCACUGGGCAGAUGGUCAUACUGUAAAAAAGCCAAUAAAAUGUUCAGCUCCAAAAUACAUUGAUUAUUUAAUGACAUGGGUCCAAGAUCAAUUGGAUGAUGAAACAUUGUUUCCUUCUAAAAUCGGUGUACCUUUCCCAAAGAACUUUUUGUCAAUUGCAAAAACAAUAUUAAAACGAUUAUUUAGAGUGUAUGCACAUAUUUAUCAUCAACACUUCAGCGAAGUUGUACAGCUUGGCGAAGAAGCGCAUUUAAAUACAUCUUUUAAACACUUUAUAUUUUUUGUUCAGGAAUUCAAUUUAAUUGAACGACGAGAAUUAGCACCAUUACAAGAAUUGAUAGAGAAGUUAACUGCCAAGGAUGCACGAUGAAUUAUUCAUGUGAUUGUAUACCCAGAAACUCCUCCAAAGAAUCUCACCCACAUGGUAUUUGCUAACAAAUGUGUAAUUGCAUACAAUAUUAUGGAAUUAAUCAUAUUUUCAAUAUAAUAGGAUUUUUCUUAUAAAGUGUGGGUCAAUGGUGGAAAGGAGGUAUUUAUUUAACAUUGGAACAAGCUAAUAUCAAUUUUUGCAGUUUUUAUUUUAAAUGGAAAAAAAAAGUUUAGAAUUUAUGUUGGAGGAAUAAACUAUUGACACACACAUAUGUUUCAUAAAUGAUUUAACCAUUUUUGUUUAUGCAUACACUCUUAGGAAUGGGGGUCGUAUUAAAAGGAAUUGUCAAAUUUCAAGAUAAAUUUUAUUUUGUAUAUCUAGGAGUGAUCCAUCAAUUUUUCUUUAUGUAAUUGUUAAAUCAGGAUGUAAUAUGCGUGUAAUUUUAGAGAUACGGAGAAUUGAAAAAAAAUUGCCUUUAUUAGACAAUAAGUGUUUCAAUCAUAUUGUAGGUACAUACAAGUAGCUUUUUUACUAUUAAAACCAUACUCCUUUAAAAAAGGCAAUUAUUUGUUGGCCCUCUUCCUAGAGUAUAUGAAAUAAAAUAAAAAGGAAAAUAUUUAAACUAAUCUUUGUGGUAUAUAUGACUGUAAUCCAUAUGCAUAUAAUGGCAAUGACUACAGAGGGUGAGAGUUAUCAAUGUAGACUUUUGUACAAUAUUUACACAUCUAACACACAGCAUAGUAAUUGAUUUAUGUUAUAUUUAGUAGCGACACAUUCUAAUCAGUUAAUACGGUUUGUUGUGAAUUAUAAUUUAUUAUAUCUAACGAGCUUUGUACUUCAAGUUUUCAACUUGUAAUUGAAAAAGGAUCAUCUUAUAAAAGAUUAUCUUAUAUAUAAUCUGUGUAGAAUAUUGUAUAUGCUGAAGGUUGGAAUUACGAUGUUAAGUGAUUUAAUAUUUAAACAUAUCUAAUUGUGAUCCAUAUUAUUUUGUUAUAAAAUAUAAUUACAUACGAUCGGAUGCGAACGUAAAGUAUUUGCUAUUUUGGCAAACUGCAUAUAGAUAGAAAAAAAAAGAAAAGAAAAAUGAGAAAAUGAUAUUGAAUAGCAUUUAAUCAUUGUAAUUUCGUAUAAUUGCUUUUAUACUUAUAUUACAUUGAAAAAACGUUGUCACCUUUUUAUCAUAGUUUUUAUAUUAUAAUCACGUGUAAUGUUUUUGUCACCAAAACAUUACAUAUUGUUGGUAUAUAUAUGAAGGUACUAAGUUAACACAUACAUAUAUUAUUGUCACAUUAUUUUAAUAUAUCGAAACAUUUAGACGAUCUUUGUGUGUUAAGUGCUUAUAUAACAUUAUUCAUAGGAAUAAGCUUUAUUUUCUUUUUAUGCAUCCUAUUUUAUAUUUGUCAUACGUUCAAAUGUAUAAUGUUAUUUAUGCAUGUGAUCAAAAAAAUAUGUAUUUGUUAUAAUGAUUUGAAAAGAGCAAUCACAUUUCUGAUAUUACAUCAAAUUCAUAUUUUCGUACAUUACGUAUAUAAAUUGGCUUUUUAUAAAAUUAUUUAUAUUUGAAGGAAAAAAAAAGAAAAAAAUCAAGAAAAUCGAAAGAAAAAUAUAACUAAGAAAUCAAUAUAUAAUUUUAUUAUUUGCUCGCUUAAUUAUUAGCAAUUUGUUUUUUUAUAUUCACAUUAAGUUCGUCUAUUAUGAAGACAUCUGUUCGUAAAUAUACAUACAUCGCUAGUAAUAUAUGUGAUAUCUUCCGAUCUAAUCGAAAGGUUCAAUACAAUCUUAUCGAGGUCCACGAGUAUAAUAAAUGUAUUUUAUUAUAACGAUGAUAUAUACGAUAAAUAGCUUUGAUAGAUUGAAUAGCGAAUGAUUUAGGAAAAUAAUGGAAAAAGGAAGAGAAGGAAAAAACGAGAUAUAUUUGCAAGGCAUUAAAUGUAAACGUAUCUAGAUAAUUUACAAUAACUGAUCAUAUUCUAUAACAAUGACUGUCUUCUAUCCAGUACUUAAGAAUACAAAUAAAACAAAAUACAGAAUACAUGUCUUUUAUAAAGAGACAUCAUAUACAUAUAUAUAUUUGUAUUAAAUUAGUAAUAAUAUAGAACGCGGUGUUGCCUAUAUACGAUAUUUCGCAUUGAUAAUAACAAUUUUUAUUAAUAUUAUUAAUUAUAUCAUUAUUAUUAUUAUAUUACUUUUUAAUUAUUGUUACAUUAUUUUAUUAUUAUUAUUAUUAUUAUUAUUAUUAUUAUUAUUAUUAUUAUUAUCAUUAUCAUUUUAAUUUUAUUUUAAAUGUAAUUACAUCUAAGUGUCUAUCUUACAUGUCGAUAGCACAUCAUCAUAAUAGAUAUCAUCAAUCAAUACCAUUUAUAUUUUCAUAGUAAAUCGCUAACUAUAAAAUAAUACGUAUUAAAAACGAAGCUUCGAUUCUAUUAUAUUUUAUAAUCUUACGACUGAAUUAUAUCCCGUUGUUUAUGUGAUUAAUAUUUUUAUUAUUUUAAUAUUGGUUUUCUUUUGAAAUAGAAAAAGAAAGAAAGAGGAAAAAAAUACUAAAAGCAAAAAUGAUAUAUUAUAAAAGAUCGUAUAAUGCUUGCUUGCUUGCAACUCCUAUUUAAGACGCGCAGAGAAAGAGAGAGUAGGUAUAAUUAACGAAUAGUAUCAAUAUAUUAUGUGUAAGGAUUUUGUUUGGUACAGUUAGUCUGAGAAACAACACUAUACGUUCCUGUGCUCAUAAUAAAUAUUGUUAAAAAUCUUA